ACUUCUCCUGCAGAGACGAAACACAGCCUGCUGCUGAGAGCGGUUCACCUGCGGUCGAGUGCGGUUGCUCUGCGGAUCAGUGAGAGGGGAACUUGGGAGAUUUGGGUUCCCCCAUUCCUGUGCAGCGAGACCCACCUGAACCUGCAGGAUCUGAGAGAGGAGAGGGUUCUGCUGCAAUGUCACCGGUGAAAUGGCAGAAACUUAGUGAUGAGCAGGAAACACUACAGGAAACUGCUUACUUAACUUGCUACAACCAUCACAAGUUGAGAGUAAGCAAGUGAGUGUUGCUAACCUUGAUCGUCCUUGUGGUGGAUACGGUGUGGAGGAUCCUGUCCUUUUGGGGGCAGGGUUUUAUCCGGCGUGGGUCAAGGGUGAAGGCUGGCAGGACAAGUUUCGGGCGGUGCCGUCCGCGGCGACGUCCUAUCACCACUCGGACCUCUGCAGAACCAGUGACCCCUGUCGCGUCCUUCCCACCGCCCCACAAACUGACAUUCUUGAAUAACAUAAACAAGCCUUUGGCCAAAAGUUGGAAACGCCGGCUACCAUGGGUGCCCCUCUUCUUUCCUGGCAACACACCCCUCCGGAGUGCCGCAGCCUACAGGAAUUAUAGCAACAUCCCAGCCCGCUCAUCUUUCCCUGCUGUAGGGAAGAAACAGAUACCUGCGGCCUUGGUUGUAAGGAAAAAGCAGGCACCUGUGAUCCAGGUAGUGAGGACGAUGGAGGUACAGGAACCCCCUCCAUCCUGGGGACUGCUUAGCCGGUCCACACAAUGCAUCUGUCAGGCACUGGACACCACGUUCAUCACCAAGCAGUUGACCAUAGCCAUGUUCCUGGGAACAGUAAAACAUCCCAAUGCCCUCAGACCCUCUCUCUGUCCCUGGGACACCCAGAGCAAGAAGAGGGAGGAGAAGAACACCAAAAACCAGAUUUUGAACGUCCCGGGUCUGUCUCGUGAUGACAUCAUUAGGAAGGGUGAACCCCCUGCCCUCAGUAGGCCACGUAGUGCAUUUACCCCAAAGGUGAACGUUUCCCAAGCUCCUGUCCCCAGCGCCGUGCUCGAGAAUUCCCGGGAGAGCGUCACCAGCCCUGCCCCUGUCUCCAGAAUCACUGAGGUUCAGGGAAUCUCCAAACCACCCGUGAGGGAGGAGUCACAUUUUAGGCCAAUCCUUCAGGAGACAUUAGAUUCCAGCUCAGCUCCGCCUCCACAGCGGGCGAUAAAGGAAGGGUCAGAACCGGCAUCAGCCACUACCACCAGCAGUGCUGGACAGAGCCUCACCACAAACUGUUCCUCAGACGAGAGCUCGGCCAUCCAAGUAGAACAGGCCAGCAAAGGUUCCAAACCGACCUCGUCCCCCUUCAAAACUCAGUGCUCCCUUAGCACUGCGGAGACUGACAGCGCCACUCCCCCUGUCGAAUUCGACAAGGCAGCACUCGCUCCAACCAACGCAACAGUCCCAGAGGUCGUCUCGGCCUCCACUCCCAGCGGCCCCGUUUCCACGGCGCCCGGCUCGGCAUCAGGCCGCGUGGUACCGCGGGCUCGGAGGCGCCUUAGCAGUUCCGCGGCUCGGCGCACGCUUACCAGCAAGGGCACCAUCAGCACCCCGAACUCCGACAAAUGUAGGACUGUGGCACCCGCUCCAGCUAAUGCUACAGGUGCAUUGGAGCUCAGGGAAAGUGCAGACUCUGAGGUCGUCCCGACCUCUGCUCCCAGUGGGCCCGUUUCCACGGCGCCCAGUUCGACAUCAGGCCGUGUGGUACUGCAGGCUCGGCGGUGUCUCACUGCUAACGCAGCUCAGCGCACCCUUACCAGCAAGGGCACCAUCAGCACCCCGAACUCCGACAAAUUUCAGACUGUGGCACCCGCUCCAGCUAAUGCUACAGUUCCUGCCACAGGUGCCCAGGUGCCCAGAUCCCUGCCAGGCCGUCUGAUACUGCAGGCUCGGAGGCAUCUGAGCCCUUCCACCAGUGCCCCCCUACCAGCUCCGUCAAAUUUGACAGUGUGGCGACCUCCAAUGUCACUUCCACUCCUGUGGCUGCCCCAGGCUCCGCCCCUAGCUAUGUGGCCUAGUUCUCCACCCCCAUGUCCAGCCCAGCUUGUGCCCAGCAGCAGACUAAUAUUUUUACCAUCUCUAACACUGCUGUAUUCAAUUCGGCUGUGGAAUUCCACAGUGAAUUGAGAUGAGCCACCGUCCUUUCUAUGUGCAAAAUUGUAAUAAUUAAUAAAACAAAAAGUAAUAAUUUAACUUAUUUCCACCUUGUUAGAUUUCAUGAAAAUGAUUUUUUUCUGUUUUAUGUUUAGAAUGAAAUAAAAGUGUCAUUGCAUCAUCACAGCCUGAUUGACUGACUUUAUUGGUUGAGUUAUUUUACGUGCCAUUCACUAAAACACCAAGCUUUUCUAUGAGGCUGUUCCAAAUGUAACAGCAAUACACAGAGCAUGCUGCUCUUUUCUGCUUGGUUACAUGACAUACUUUUCUGUGUGAGUGUAAGCUACCUGGGUCAAUGGCAACCUAUUGUGUUUGAAUGAGCAUUACAAGUAACAGAACAUUA